AUGUUAAUGAGUUUAGAUUUAUUAGCAUCAGAAUUGAAAUGCGAAUUAUUAAAUUUAGGUGGAGAUAAAUUGGCUUGUGAUUUAUCAGUAGAAAAUUCAUUUUUGUCAUUGGAAGUACUUUGGCGUAAUUCAAUUGUUUGUUACGCACAUACAAAGCCCGAUAUACAAAAUUUAAUAAAGAAAUCUUACCAUAAUUAUAUUGCAGCUGGUUUUCCAUUUGAAAUAAUUGAUGGUGAUAAUUUCCAUUUUCAUCAUCAAUUUUUAACAGAAAUUUUAAAUGAAUUUAGUUCACAACAUAUAUUGGUUAUUAGUAUUAUUGGUCCACAAAAUAGUGGUAAAAGUACUUUAUUAAAUUAUAUGUUUGGAACAUUAUUUGAUGUUAGAGAAGGACGUUGUACACGAGGUAUUUAUGGUUCCUUAGUUAAAAUAAAUAAAUCAGAUCAGAUGAUUAAGAACAUCUUAAAAACGAAUGGAAAUGGAAAAACGGCAGACAUUGAUUAUAUCAUGUUAAUUGAUACUGAAGGUCUUUUAUCCAUUGAAAAGGACGAUAAAGAAUAUGGUCGACGUUUAGUUUUAUUUUGUCUAGCUGUAUCACAUUUAGUGAUUGUAAAUAUGACGGGUGACAUAAAUGAAACAUUAAAAGAUAUGUUAACAUUAUGUGCUGAUUCAUUAAAGCAAAUUGGUGUUAAUACUGCUAAUCAACCUAUAGUACAUUUUGUUUUAAAUCAAAGAGCUGAUCCCAACUUAAAGAAUCAUAUGCAAGCUAUUCUAAAAAUAAUUGGCGAUCUAAAAGAAAAAAGAUUAGCUGAAGUUAUUGAUAUUAGUUCAGAAACGUUCCAUACAUUACCAUCAGCAUUUAAAAAAGAGCGAAUAUCCACCGCUGAUACUAACAGCCCAUGCCUUCUACGUACAGAACCAGAUUUUAUCGAACGUACACAGGAACUUUGUGAGAAAAUUAUUCAAUCGGCUAAGUUAUCCUACGAAAGAACUGUUAAUAUAUUUUCAGAUCCACCACAAUGGCUUAGAAUAGCUGUAAAUAUCUUUGAUACCUUACAGAAAUUUCCAGAUUUAACCUAUUUUAAAGAUAUUAAUGAACGUCGACAAGAUGAUCAAAUAAGAAAAACAAUAGGUGAUCUUAUAGCAAAAAAAUUAUCGUCAACUUAUUGUGAAACCAUUAUUCGGGAUACAUGUCACUUAACUGAGCAUGAAAUACGACAACAUUUUCAAGUUCGAUUUAAUAUACAUCAAGAUGAGUUUGAUAAUGAUUUGGAAAAUCUUUUUAAAGUUACAAAUGCAUCAGAUCGUAUUAGAGAUAGAUGUAGACAAUUUUUGAAACGACAAAUAACAGAGUUUUGUAACGCAUGGUGUACAGCAGCUAUACAAGCACAUGACCAUAAACAAAUGGAAAGUCUUGUUCGAGAUGGUUCUGCUGAUCUUCGUCAUCUAAUAGAUGAUAUUAUUAAACGUGGAGAAACUAUGACUAAAUCAAAAGCAACAACAGAGUUUCAGAACAUGUGGGCUAGAAAAAUUGAUUCUAUUGAAAGUAAUUUUAAACCAGAAGAACGUUUGAAACAAGCUAUUACAUUCGUUUAUGGAAAUUAUAAUAUUUUUGAAAAAGAAUCUUUACCAUCUCAUGAGUUCGUACUUAGUCAAUUACCAUUCAUUAAUCGCUUGAUUGGAGAACAAGAUUUGAAAGAAGUUGCCGGUUCAAUAGAGCAUACUUUUGUUGACAUCGUAUCAAAAGAACGCGAAAAUGCUCUGGAGUUUCCUCGGAAUAAAUCUGAUUCCAUUUCUGUAUACACAUUGGCAACACUUCACAACUUUAAACAUUUAAGCAAACAAAUAUUGACUGGUCUUCAUACCGCAGGCACUGCGCAACAAGAAAAUACUAUGAUGGAACCGAUGGAAUCUGAACCACUUUAUGAAGAUUAUAAUCAAAGAGCAACAGAAAACGACAGUUGGUUUCAUAAAGGUUGCAGUGCUGUUAGAAAACGUUUGGGCUUAAAAUCAUCAUCGAAGACUUCAAACAAAAGUUCAACAGCUAACAAUCCACCUCCAUUAAGAUUCGAUUUUAUGAAUAUGGUUGUACCUGAUGCAGAAUGUGAUCAAGAUGGAGCAGAGCUUUUUGCAAAUAAGGUCAAAAGUAUUGUUGAAUCGAACUUAAUGCGCGAUGGACAAAAAAUUAUAACGCGCAAUAUUGAAGCACAAAAAAAUCUAACUCGAAAAUAUAUUCAAAUGAUCUGUGAUGGGAAAAUAUAUGCUGCAGCAGAAAAAGAUAAUCCUUCUUUAGCUGCACUUUUAGAAAAGGACACUUUAUCAUCUGAAGAUAUCAAGAAGGCUCCUUGGCUAGUCCGUUAUAUUCUUGCACCGACUGAAAUUAUCGAAGAAGAAUUUAAAGAAUUAUGGAAACCAAUAGAAGAAACAAUUAAUCAUCAAUUAAUAAAAGAAAAAAAUCAGUGGAAAAAUAUAUUACUGGAAUUUUUCAAUCGUAUAGAAUUUAUGUUCUCUUCACUUGCAAAUGAAGGAGCAUCUGUACAAUAUAUUGAUGACAUAUUUGAAGCAUCAGGAGGAGCUGCAGCGGAUAAUUUGAAAAAUAAAGGUCAAUGUAUGGUUUUAUUAUUAUUUACAUAUUUAUCUGGUAAUAAAAUUGCUCCUGGAACCUCUUAUACUGUAUUUGACAAAACAUAUACUUUAAAACCAAAAGGAGUGAAAUUAUUUGAAAAGUUACCAGCACCAAGUACUGAAUUAACUAAUUUAAUAAAAGGAAUGCGUGACGCUGAUAAUUCGAAUAAUAAUCAAAUGGUAAUAGCUUCAAUAAAAAAUUUGAAAUAUUUUCUUGAAAGUAUUAUAAAUUCUAAAAGCAAAGUUGAAUGUUCGUUUGAUAAAGCUCCAGCCACAUUUGCAGCCUUUGAUAAAGAUCAAAUUUAUAAUAAAUUAUUGGACAAAGCACGUGGGUGUACUUCAAAAUGUCCUUGUUGUCAAAGACCUUGUGAUGUUGAUCAUACUAAGAUAAUAUCUAAUUCAGGCGAUGAAGAUAAUCGCCAUGCCUGCCAAACUGGUCAUCAAUUACGAGCUAUGGCUGGUAUGAAAUUUGAAAUUUCAAAUGAAGCAUCAUUAUUUCAAUGUGAAGAAAUGAGUGACAGUAAACCAAUUAUAUUUCGAGGAACAAAGAAAAAAUGGUCAGAAUUUAAAAAUGAGCAUGCUGAUUGGGACUUCGGCAAUUCAAUUACACAAGAAGAGUUAUUCAAAUUGCGUGGAAAACUUCUUAAUGUUUGGAGUAAAAUUGGCGCAAUUUUAUGUAAAAUGUAUGAAAUGAAGUUUGUUACACAAAAUACCCCUCAGGCCGCUCCCAAACCAUUUCAUUACAUAUUAGUACUCGAUUCUUCAGGAUCUAUGGGUAUAAAAAAUGGCAAACCAUGGAAAGAUUUACUCGAUGGUGUUAAAGAGUUUGUGAAUGUGCGCACUGAAUCCGGUUCAGCAGACCGUAUCACCAUUAUAACUUUUGAAAAUCAUGCCACAUAUGCCUACUAUAAUGUUGACAUUAAAACUAUCGAUGUAAAUAAUAUACAGUUUAUGAACGGUGGUACACAUUUUGGCAAUGCAUUCAAUUUAGUAAUACUUACAAUUAAAAGUAUGGAAGAGAAGAAUUCCUCAGCUAAUGCUAAUGAAAAGUUAGACUAUAUUAUUAUAUUUAUGAGUGAUGGAGACGCUGAAUAUCCUGACAGUCAAUUACAAGAACUAUUAAUGAUGAAAGAAAGAAUUUUUGCAUUUUGGACUGUAGCUCUUGGUGACACAAAAAUGAAUAAUUUAGAAGAGAUAAAUAGAACAAUGGAUGGUACAUUCAAAGAAUUGAAAGACUCAGCUGACCUUGUUCAAAUUUAUGCUGAAAUUGCUCGCAAUUGA